UCAUUGCUUCCUUGGCUUCUUCUUUGAAACCCUAAAAAUGGCGAAGAAGAAAGAGAAGAAGUCCAACGUCUCGGGGAAGCCCAAGCACUCCUUGGACGUGAAUCGCAGCAAUGGCGGCGCCGCCGUUGAUAAGGGAGCUCGCUCGGCCGCCACGGUGCGGCGGCUCAAGAUGUACAAUACCCGCCCGCUGCGAAAUAGCAAGGGAAAGGUCCUCAAACACGAGCUCCAAUCGAAGGAGCUUCCCAACACCCGCAUCGUUCCCGAUCGGCGCUGGUUUGGUAACACGCGAGUUGUUAAGCAAAAGGAACUUGAGUUCUUUCGCGAAGAGCUUCAAAGCAGACUUUCCAGUAAUUAUAAUGUCAUUCUUAAGGAGAGGAAACUGCCCAUGUCCCUUCUAAAUGAUCAUCAGAAGCAAGCAAAGGCACACCUUCUUGACACUGAACCGUUUGAGGAUGCAUUUGGACCAAAAAGGAAAAGGAAACGUCCAAAGCUUCUUGCAUCUGAUUAUGAGUCUCUUGUUCAGAGAGCAGAUGGGUCUCAAGAUAACUUUGAGCAGAAAUCUGCAAACAAGCUAUCUGGGGAGGUUAAUGAAGAGGAUGGUUUCAGAGACUUGGUAAGACAUUCAAUGUUUGACAAGGGGCAGAGCAAGCGCAUUUGGGGGGAACUCUACAAGGUUGUUGAUUCUUCAGAUGUAGUUGUCCAGGUUUUAGAUGCUAGGGAUCCACAAGGGACAAGGUGCCCCCACUUGGAGAAGCAUUUGAAGGAGCAAUGCAAGCACAAACACAUGGUUCUUCUACUAAACAAAUGUGAUCUUAUUCCAGCAUGGGCAACCAAAGGAUGGUUGCGGGUGCUUUCAAAGGAAUAUCCUACUCUGGCAUUCCAUGCAAGUAUUAACAAAUCUUUUGGCAAGGGUUCUCUUCUCUCAGUGCUAAGGCAGUUUGCUCGUUUAAAAAGCGAUAAGCAAGCCAUAUCUGUGGGGUUUGUUGGAUAUCCAAAUGUUGGCAAAUCUUCUGUCAUCAAUACCCUACGCACAAAGAAUGUCUGCAAAGUGGCUCCUAUUCCUGGAGAAACUAAAGUCUGGCAAUACAUUACUCUGACAAAGCGGAUCUUCUUGAUUGACUGCCCUGGUGUUGUUUACCAGAACAAGGACUCUGAAACGGAUAUAGUUCUGAAGGGUGUGGUGCGUGUUGAGAACUUGGAAGAUGCAUCUGAGCAUAUUGGAGAAGUACUGAAACGUGUAAAGAAGGAGCAUCUGCGAAGAGCAUAUAAGAUAGAAGAUUGGGCUGAUGAAUAUGACUUUCUUGUCCAGUUAUGCAAACUAUCUGGAAAACUUCUCAAGGGCGGCGAGCCGGAUCUAACAACAGCAGCGAAAAUGGUCUUACAUGACUGGCAAAGGGGCAGGAUACCCUUUUUUGUUCCCCCACCUCAACAACAAGAAGUUGAAGAAGAACAGCAACCAAAUGCAUCCGAUGAAAUUGAAGAUACGACAAUAAGCACAGAUCAGGCUGCUGCAGCUAUGAAGGCCAUUGCAGGCAUCAUCUCAUCCCAGCAAUUAAAACAUGUUCCUGUGCAAAAGAACUUUUUCGGGGAAGAUGAUCAAGAACAUGAAGAUGGGCAUGAAGAUGAACAGCAGCAUCCUUUGGUAGAUGAUGUUGAACAUGGAGAAGAUGAACAACAACUGCCUUUGGCUGAUAAUGUUGGCCAUGAAGAUGAGCAGCAUCCUGCGGCAGAUGCUGAAUGAUUAGUCCGAAAUGCUUGAUAUGAACAUCAUGCUUACUAUUGGGUUAUGGAUAUCUGUCUCAAUUUUGUUUUAUUACAGUUGAUAUUUUUGUUUCUCUUCUCAUGUAUUCUAAAUGGCUAAGAACUUGCUUUUUGAAGGUUGGAGCUAAUGGAUAUAUUCAAAUGUGUUUAUUGUUGGUAUUA